AUGGCUCGGCAGCGAAACGACGUUGUCGUGCACAAGGCCACGUACGCAGGCAAGACGGUCGUGCUCAAGGGCCCACGGUUUCCCAUCAAGCGGGUUGUCGACGCCAUGCGCAACGAGGCGCAAGAGAUGCAAGGGUGUACGUCGCCGUACGUGCAGCCGCUGAUUGGCAUCCUUGACAAUGGCUCGUCGGCGCCGCUGGUGACGCCCAGCGGUGACGCUUUGUACAGCCCGACGAUGAUCAUCGAGUACAUGGACGGCGGGGAUCUUCACGAGACGCUGGAGAAGACACGGUUGGGUCUCGACGUUGUCCUGCACGUCUCAAUCAGCGAGGUUGCCCUCGUCCUCGCGUAUGCGCUGAGAGAUUUGCAUGCCCUUGGCAAGGUGCACCGGGACGUCAAGAGUCACAAUAUCUUUCUCUCGUCGACGUACUACAUUCGACUCGGCGAUCUCGGCUCGGCGCGGACACUCGAUGGCUGCAUGACGUCGAACGUCGGCACAUCGCUGUGGAUCGCACCCGAGGUCGCUCGCGCCGGCGCCGGGGACACGGGGCGGUCGUAUGGUCCGCCCGCCGACAUUUACUCGUUUGGUGUUGUCCUCACCGAGCUCGACACGCGCGAGACGCCGUACGCAGACGUCCAAGACCAGAGUUUGAUUCCUGCUCAAGUGCGCGAUGGUAAACUGCGCCCGAAAAUGAGCGCCACUUGCGCACCGUGGCUCCAAGCGCUCGCCGACCAGUGCUUGGCGACGAACCCCGCCGAUCGCCCGACGGCCGUCGAUAUCAUUGCGACGUUACUCGCCCUCCGUCAUGACGACACACUGACGGCGCCCCCGCCAUGA